AUGCAUGAGUGGAUCGAGAUAACUGUAACGUUCAGCGACGGCGCAGCACCCGAAAUCUCCGUCAAAACGCCCUUAUCGCAUUCUUUCGCUGCCACGCGAGCACAUUACAUGUGUCUGAUGAGAGUCAGAAAGUGGCAAGACGAACAAGCUGUGUGCUCAGUCGAGUGGAUCGAAGCCUUGGUCAAGGAUCUGAAAGACGGUUGGACAGCCUUGCGAUUUAGACUGAGAAGAGAGCAGAGAAGGGCAUAA